AUGGUGAACAAACAAUACAACGUGCACAAUCCGAAGCUGCACAAGUCGACGGCGGCGUCCAAGAGUUCGCCGGCGCCGCUGCGCAGCUUCUACCCGCCGGUUUCGACGCGCCCCGCCGGCGCCACCGACGAGGACCGCUUUUCCGUGGAAAGCGACAGCAACAACGCGUCCAGUGACUGCGGCAGCUCGGUUGGCGGCCGCCAUCGACAGCUGCCACCGCCUCCGCCGCCCCCGACGGCGCACCCCCGGACACCGCAGGCACAGAACAAUCUGAACGUCAGCCGCCGCGCGACGCCGUCUCCAGGGCUCGCCAAUCGGCGCCACGAGCACGACGACAGCGAGCACGACGGGCUGUACGGUCGCAAUAUUCAGUUCUACAGCGAGGGCCGGGUUGAGCUGGCCGAGGGGGAUGCCGUGGGUGAGAACGGUGGCGGGCGGUACGGUGGAAAGGAGCUGACCAUCAGCGACAUCGGCCGAUUUCAGUACAUUCUUCAAAUGGACCGCGAAGUGGGCACACCGUACAGUGGUUACACCGCAGCCUCCACAGACUCUCACACCCUGCCCUCGUCACCCACACCCACCUCCCUCGGCAGCAGUGGGCACAACCGGCAAGGAUUCAACUUCUGGAAGGCCGGCUCGCAGACGCCCCUCUCAGCUUCAUCCUCCAGCAGUUCCUUUUUCCGGCCAACCACCCAACGAUCCUUGCCCUACAAGGUACUCAAAGUGAUCUGGCGCUACAUCAAAUGGCCACUCGGGCUGCUGCUUAUCUGCGGGCUGCUUGGGCUGGUCGUUUACUUCCUCGUUGUCGAUCGGGAUAUUAUGAGCAGCGGGUUGUUGGGUGAGGAUGGCUACGAGGUGGACGAGAACCUUUCGAUCGACUUCAACGACUUUACCAGCGCGAACGAUCUGCACGACCACCGUUUCCCGGGCGGCUCGACGAAGGAACCCAAACCGAAGGACACCCAAGGGUCCGGUCGCACCGCGGACAGUAAGUUCUCGUUCGGACUCGACAACGAUCUGCUGGCCGUGUUUGGACCGCACUCCCGGAAGCCCUCGUACGAACGGGACAACCACCUAGAGCAGCAUGACAUCGGGACGUCGUCCGGUUGGCCGACAACCACCACCACCAAGACGAGCUCCACCGGAGCAACCGAUGAGCAGCGGAAACGAACGGAAAGCGCCAGCGAGGAGAUACCGGCGCUGGUGGUGAAAGUGACCGAUGCGCCGAUCCGGAAGACCAGCACAAUCUCGCUGAAGGACUACACCAAGGCGCGGGUCGUCUUCGACGAUGACGACUUUCUCGAUGCGGACGAUGGCGAGAGCCGGGCGAAGGAGGGCACGACGCGGGCGUACGAACCGGCACCGGCCGCGAUUCAGGUGGGGCUCCGGGGCAACGUGGCGCGCGGGCCGGAGGUGCGGGGCUUCACCUCCGGCCAUCAGAACAAUUUUGGCGUCCCGAUCGAGGAGGACGAGCGGCUGUUGCGUCGCCUAAACGAACAGCUGAUGCAACUGGAACAGCUGAGACAAAAAAAUAUAACAAUCCCUUCGGCUACGACUGAUUCGAGCCUCUACCGGACGAAGGUUUCCCCGACGCUACCCAUUCUGUCCCGUUUUGAAAUCACGACGGAAGGGUUGAAACGAUUCAAUAUUUCCGAAGAAGGCAUAUGUCAGUCCACUUCACUACCGCUCUGCCGCGGAGUUCUGCCGUACGACUUGACGGUCUCGAACAACCGGCAGCUAUCACGUCUCGAGUACGACCACUUCCAGUAUCUGAUCAACUCGAAGUGCUCGGUCCGGGUGGCGGAGUUUGUGUGCCUCGUGCUCGAACCAGAGUGUCGCCCGACCCGCAUGGGAACGCUGACACCGUGCAAGCGAAUCUGCAAGUCUAUUUUGGAACCCUGCGCCCACAUUAUCGCCAGCUCGGAAGCUUUAACGGCGACCUUCGACUGCGAUAGCUAUCCGGACUCGGACGAUCGGAACGUCUGCGAGGACCCGACCCGGCUCGGUCAGUGCUACGCGAAUGAGUUCCGGUGUGCCGAUAAAAGCUGUAUCCCGCUACAAUGGAAAUGCGACAACAUCAAGGACUGCCAGGGUGGCGAGGACGAGUCGGACUGCAAGCAGUGUGAGCGGGACGAGUAUCGGUGCAUGUCAAACGAUAAGUGCAUUCCGGACAAGUGGCGCUGCGACCAAUACGAGGAUUGUCCCGAUGCGUCGGAUGAGCUAGAUUGCUACUACGACGAGCCAACGACCUACCCAUCGGCCUACGGUAGCCAGCGGGAGUAUCCGUUCGUGCAAGUACAGGUCCCGAACAGUCCGAAUGGUCGCCCCUACAUAACCAUAACCAACGAAGAUCGCACGCAGGCCGAAGCCGACCAGCAUGAUCAGACACAGGGUUCCAGAGAUGGUGAUCGGGAAUACGCCAACUACGGCACGUCGGAAGAAGAUGCCGACAAGUAUGAACCAACGGCGGCGGAGAACGUACCGUUCGUGAAUCGUCAGAAGAGUCGCAACGAUACUUCCGCGGAGGAUAGCACUGCCCCGGCGGCUGAUGCGACCACUACCGAUCGGUCAGCGGAGACGAAGGUUGAAGAUCAAACGGAGGCCGAAACGAGCCGAACGAUAUCGGUGCCAAAGUCACUGGUGAACUUCCAGGACAGCAAGGAAAUCAUGAUGACCUCGGACUCGGAGAACGAUUUCAAGAUCAGUAGCACGAGCAGGGACUUCCUUACGACGGCCCACGUUUCCCCGUGCCCUGAGGGUGAACUGCGUUGCGUCAGUGGCAUUUGUAUAUCGGUUAACCAGCUGUGCGAUAGAGUAAGUGACUGUGCUGACGGUGCGGACGAGGCGGGAUGCACCUAUAAGGAUUAG